UAUUAUUAAUAUAUCAUGAACAAAUACAGGUUAUUGACACUAGUGUACUAUUAUGUGGGGGACCUUUAUUUAGAAAAAAAUCCGAAAUUCUGUGACCGGAAAUGUUUUAUUAUUGUUGCUGACGAGACGCUGAUAAAGAUUCGUUACUUAUUAUUCUCAGACGGGGUAGCUACAAACAACGACAUAGAAACCAUCGUGGUGAAAAUAAGAUUUCCCGCCAAGAUCACAGGUCAAUCUGAAAAGAGCCAGGUUGAGAGAAUAGAAGGAAAGGAGAUUACAAUGGAGGUGGAAGAGGCAACCAAGUCUGAAGAAGUGCAGGUGGAUGUGGCUGGCAGCGAAGAGAAGUCAGAUGAAGCUUUGUCUAAUGGUAGCCACACAACCCCUAAGAGAAGCAGGGGUAGGCCCCCCAAAAACCGACUCGUCUCUGAAUCAGAUCAAGCCUUAUCCAAUGGUAGCUCCACAACACCUAAGAGGGAACGGGGUAGGCCCAAAAGAUCAGUCCCCGAGGAGGGAAGAGGUAGGCCAAGUGGAGCCUUGUCUAAUAGUAGCACCACAACACCUAAAAAAGGUGAGCCAAAAGGUUCCAGGUUAGGUGCUAGCUGCAUAACACCUAAGGCCAAAGGAUCCGUGUUCACAAAACCCCAGAUGCUGAAGGUUAUAGGCAAACCGUCGCCAGGCCAACCCAGUAAAGUGGUUGACCCCUCCCCGGCCACACCCUUUAAAGUUAAAUCAAAAAGGGGUAGGCCAAAGAAGAUCCUAACACCCGAGGAAGAAGAGGAGAGAAAGAAACUGGAAAGUCAGCCAAGAGUGUUGAAGCAACUUGGAAGGCCACGCAUCCAUCCCCGCAAUGACCCACCAGUCACUGAGCCUAGAAGAAGAGGCCGCCCAUGCAAGUCUGAGGAGAAAAGGGGUGCUCACUUGCGGAAACCCCCCAAUCCCAACCCCCCCAUCUAUGAUGGUCCCCCACGGAAAAGGGGCCGUCCCCCUAGUGCAGCAAAUAAAGAUAAGACCGAGGCAGAGCAAGAUGAGGCCAACGGUGAACCUCCAGUCAAUCGAUCCUGCAACUCCAACGAAAAAAGCGAGGAAGGAUUUCCUCCAGUCGAAGAGGACAGUGAAACGGGAAAGGUGAACUGAGGAAAGUGAAACCAGAAAGGGGAAUGGAGGAAAGCAUUGUUGGGAAGGGCCCACAAGUAAGCAUUUCACUGUUAGUCUACGCCUGUUUAUGAAGCGUGUGACAAAUGCAUUUGCUUUGAACCCAACAUCUCUCAAAUUUCUACAUUAAAAUGUACAGUUUCACAACUUGAGGGGUUUGUUCACCAAUUGAAUCCUUGUAGUUUGCUUAUCAAUGUUACUCCUCAGAUCAUUUUAUGAUUUAGACUUAAGUCGUUUUUUUUUUGUUGACUGUCAGUCCUGAUCACUAGGCCUACUUUGACAUAACCAGUGGAGUAACAUUUAUAACAGGACAGCUUGUGAGAGAUUUUUAGAUUUGUCUGUUUUCAAUAAUUUUCUUUUGACAUUUUAAUGUGUUCAUUGUCAUAAAAUCUGGUUGAUUACAAAAAUGUUAUAGUUGUGGAUGACUUGGUUUCACAGACCCUGGACAAAUGUGUGACUUACAAAUCAUUAAAAUCCAGACAGAAAAUAUUUACACAAGAAGCAAUCUAAUAUCACACACAGUCAAAACUCUCCGUCGUUUAGUUCACCAUUCUGCGAUUCUCACUGUUAAUAAACAUCAGGCGUUUCAACACAAUGAACUCAUGACCAUUUUGAAAUUCGAAUAUAAAUGCAUUCCUUUAUGUAUCCACCUGUCAAUUUAAACUCUGCCACUGACCGACUGAAUUAUACAGUGGCAAGAAAGUAUGUGAACCCUUUGGAAUUACCUUGAUUUCUGCAUAGAUUGGUCAUAAAAUGUGAUCUGAUCUUCAUCCAACAAUAGACUGCUUAAAACACAAUUUCUCAUGACUUUAUUUUCACACACCAUGUAAACAUUCACAGUGCAGGGUGGGAAAAGUAUGUGAACCCUUGGUUUUAAUAACUGGUUGACUCCUUUGGCAGCAAUAACCUCGACCAAACGGUUUCUGUAGUUGUGGAUCAGACCUGCACAACGGUCAGGAGGAAUUAUGGAUCAUUCCUCUUUAAAAAACUGUUUCAGUUCAGCAAUAUUCUUGGGUGUGAACCGCUCUUGAGAUCAUGGCACAGCAUCUCAAUCUGGUUGAGGUAGGGGUGCAUUUUUUUCUGUUUAAACAAUUCUGUUGAUUUACUUGUUUUGGGUCAUUGUCCUUUUGCAUUACCCAACGUCUGUUGGCGGACAGAUAGCCUUUACAUUCUCUGUCAAAAUGUCCAACUUGGGAAUACAUUUUUCCAUCAAUGAUCGCAAGCUGUCCAGGCCCUGAGGCAGGAAAGCAGCCCCAAACCAUGAUGCUCCCUCCACCAUACUUUACAGUUGGGAUGAGGUUUGAUGUGUGUUGUGCCUUUUUCUCCAGAGUGUUGUGUUCCGUCCGUCCAAACAACUCAACUUUGGUUUAAUCUGUUAACCGAAUAUUUAGCCAGUAGCGCUGUGGAACAUCCAAGUGCUCUUUUGCUAACUUCAGACAUGUUGCAAUGGGUUUUUUUGGACAGCAGUGGCUUCUUUCAUGGUAUCCACCCAUGACCACCAUUUUAGUUCAGUGGUUCACGGACUGUAGACUCUGCAGAGGAGUUAGCAUGUUCCAGGGAUUUCUGUAAGUAUUUAGCUGACACUAGUAUUCUUCUUAACCUCAUUGAGUAUUCUGCACUGUGCUCUUGCAAUCAUCUUUGCAGGACUGACACUCCUAGGGAGAGUAGUAAGUGCUGAACUUUCUCCAUUUAUAGACUAUUUGUCUUACCUUGGACUGAUGAUCAAGGCUCUGAGAUACUUUUGUCACCCAUUCCAGCUUUAUGCAAGUCAAUGAUCCGUAAUCUUUUGAGAGCUCUAUUCAAGCUAUGGUUAACAUCAGUCAAUUCUUGUGAAUAGCAAAACUCUUAAUUGUGAGGUUAAUUUUUAAUAGGGCAGCUCUAACCAACAUCUCCAAUCUUGUCUCAUUGAUUGGACUCCAGUUUAGCCGACGCCUGACUCAAUUAGCUUUUGAAGUCUUUAGCCUAGGGGUUCACAUACUUUUUCCAACCUACACUGAAUGUUUAAAUGUAUUUUUCUUGUCUAUAUUUAAUACAAUAUUUUGUGUUAGUUCAAGCACCGUGUUUGUCUUGACUUAAAUUAAUAGAUAAAAUGUAUGCAGAAAUCCAGGUAAUUCCAAAGGGUUCACAUCCUUUUUCUUGCCACUGUAUAGCCUAGAGGAUAUCUAUUGAGAUACUGUAUCUUCCCAUAUUGUACAUCAAUCCCACUGUACAUUUCACAUUUGUUUUCAUCCUUUUUACUAUGUUUUUGCUUAUAGCUGUAUUAAUUUACUUUAGUUCGCUCCUCAAUUCAUGCACAUUGGUUGGAGUGAGUUCCCUUCAUAUUGCAAUAAUACUGUACCAAAAGUGACAUUUGGGUAGUGCGAUCUGCCAUGUUCUGAAUCGGGCUAAUUGUCAGAGUAGGCCUAAUUUUAGUAGAGCAAUGAAUUUGUUUUUAAUUUGGUCUUUUCUCAUACAGCUUUGUAGCUUGAGCCCAUCAAAUCCUAAAUGACCCAUGUCAGCAGUUCUGGUAGGUCUGUGAUUGUCUAGGUUGAGGGGAAUUUCUGAUUAAUCCAGAACAAGGUCUGUGAAACCACUGAAGGUAACAUGAAUUAGUUUUUUUCAGAGUGUGUAAAUUGUAAGUUUACUGCAAUAAAAUGUCAAACUUUACUACAAAUGUUUUUUCAAUGUCAAUAAAGCUUAGUCUUAUUUAGUA